UGGGAACCUGUACACAAUGUAGUUCAAGUAAGUGGCGGGUAUCCCUAUGUUUUGCGUGCUAUUUACCUGAUAUGAAGGCCAAAGGUGCAACUUUGGUGUCUAGUGCAGCCAUGAGAGCUGGUUAGUGAAGAUUUGCUGGUGUACAGAGACAUAGGUUUGGAAAUCAUGGAGAGCUCAAAUGGUUCCAUUGGGGGACGGAGGCUACCCUCAAACAAACUAGAUUCUUCCCAAAGGACGACAGAUGAGAUGAGACGGCACAUUGCCAAGCUCAAGUCAGAGCUGGAGUUAGAGAAAGCAAGGUCCAAACAAAAAGAGAGGGAGAAAGUUUCUGAAAUCAAACAUGCCAAAGAAAUGAUGGAGAGAGAGAAAUCUCAUGAACUAGAAAUGGCUAAUAUCAAGUUCCAGGCAGAGAAACAAGCAGAGAUACAGAAAACAAAAGAUAGUGUUGCAAGAGAAAAAGACCUGGAAUUAAAGCAAGUCCUCAGGUAUAAAGAAGAAGAAUUGAAAGUAUUGAAACGCCAGUUAGAUCGAGAGAAAGAGGAUGCUGCAUAUGGAUCUUCUGAUCUCAGGAAAAAAUCUCAAGGCUCUCACAGUGACUUGACUGGAAACACAGAUGCUGUCCUUAAACUUCAACAAGAAGUCCAAAUGCUGAAAGAUUCCAAGAAACAAAUACAGGAGAAGCUUUCUGAAAAGUCAAAAUCUGAUAAAGAAAAGACUUUGGAGAUCAGGAGACUUAAAAGGGAACAUGAACAAGAGGUACAAAAAAUUAUUCAGGAAUCAAAACGGGAGUUUGCAAGGAACUUUUAAGAUGGAUAGUUUCAAAAUGGACAGGACUUUCAGUGGGGACAGUACAGAGGACUUAACUGCUAAGAAGUUGCCUUUCACUUCUACACCCAUAUCUGGGAAACAUUCGGGUGUGAAAGGUGGCUAUGGAGAGGGAGAUGUGGAAUAUCAUAACUCGGAUGAUCGUGACAGAUCUCAACAUAGGAAAAUGAAGGAUCUGACGUCCCAGAAUCAAAAGUUAGAGGAGAGCAUUUCCCUGUUGAGGGCUGAAAAUGAAGUAUUGAAGAAAUCUCAAGACCAGUCUCCUGCAGAGGAAAAGAUCAAGAAAUUAAAAAAGAGAAAUGCAGAAUUGGCAGCCAUAGCUAGAAGACUGGAAGAGAAAGCCAAACAAUUACAGCAGGAAAACUUAAAGAAGUCCAAAGACAGUGGUAAUGGUAGUCAAGAUGUUGACCAUGUUAAGAGGGUAUUUGCCCGCCAACGUGCCAAAGAUCUGGCUGAACAUGCCAAGGUUAUGCUUGCCAAGGACAAGGAGGUGGAAACACUGAGGAAAAAGUGCCAAGACCUUGCUGAUCAGCUCAGUAACAGUAUUACUAAUGCAGGGAACAGUGGUGUUUUUGAGGACAGAGAAGAAUUGGAGACUAUCAUCAAGCAGGCAGCUAGAGAGAGACUAUUGUUAGAAAGACAGGUGGCCAUGCAGUCUAAACAAGGCAGCAGGAGUCCCUCCAGGAAUUCAGAUCUCAACCGCAGUAAUGUUGUUGCCUUGGAAGAGGAGAACCAGUCCCUGAGGAGGGAGAUAGAGCUGGCAGAAGUGGCCACCAGGGAUCUGGAGAAACUGGAAAUUGAAGUGACCCAAAGAAGAAUAGAAAGUGAGAGUCUGUACAAAAAGCUUGAGGAGAAAAAUGGGAAUGUUUCUAAGUUGGAAGAUGAAUUACGGGUAACCAUCCAGAAGAAUAAUCAACUCAGUCAGGAGGUUCUUGAUCUUGAGACCAAGUUGCAGCAGCUUGAGGAGAAGCUUACCGAAGCACAGAAUGCCGAGGCAGACAACAGUCAUCUAUUGGCAUUGGAAGAAACCAAUAAAGCUUUGAGAAGAGAACUAGAAAAGAGCGAACUAGAACAAUCUAAACUUCAGGAAAGCUUUGAGGAAAACACCCAUGCUUUACAUGAAAGAUUAGAAAAAUUGGAGAAAGACUACCAUCACAAGUGUAAGGAGAGUGAAGAAAGUGUUAAAAGGGCGCAGGAAGAGGUUGAAGCCACACACAGAGCAGAGCGAGAGAGGGAUCGAUUGAGGAGUGAACUGAAUAUCAAGAUUUCUGAAUUUGAGGAUGUGAAGAGCCUUUUAAAGGAGCAACAAGGCAAAAGUUUGGAACUGCAAGGAGAGCUAGAAACUCAGAUACUGAAGAAUACAGAGCUGACCAAACAGACCACUGAGCUAUAUCAGAAACUGCAGGAUUUUGAAAAGAUAACAGAAGAAUGUCAAACACUGAGGGCCAGUGUUGAAGUAAAAAACUCUGAGUGCAAGGCAGCUAAGGAAGAAAUUUCCACUUUACAGAAGAGGAUUUCGGAACUGGAACCUUUGGAGCAGCUUAUGCAAGCAGCUAAAGAAAAGCAAAAAGAACUGGAUGCUGCCCACAAGGAGGCCUUGAAUAAGCUACAGGAGAAAGAACAACUAGCUACUUCAUUGCAGAAGGAAAAAGAUGAAGCUUCCAAGGAAAGUCAAAAUAUUAUUGAAAGUCUCCAGGGCAAGAUUGAAGCUCUGGAGAAGCAAUGUGAGCUCCAGUCUGCACAGCAUAAUGAUCUCCUCAAGGAGCUGUCCAUGCUCAAACUGCAGGCAGAAGCUGUUGCUAAAACAACAAAGGUGUCUGCUGAAGUACAGGUUGACUUGGAAACAUCUCCCCCAUCAGCCGGCAAACUUGCUCCCCAGAAACCACCAAGAAAGAAAAAGAUAGCUAUGAAGAGAGACCUCAUAGAUGAACUAGAAGGCAGCUCCUGGGAACACAUCCUCAUAGCAGAUGAGACAGACAAGUCAGUUUCAGUGAGGAGGGAGGUGAACGACCUGGAGGACAAUGAACUGGCAGACAUUGCUGAGAAGAUCAAGGUGCUGGCACUCUCAGACUCUGAAGAGGAAAUGCAUGAGGAGGAGGAGGAGGAAGAGAAGACAAAGAUUCAAGAGCACAGCAAAAUGAAAGACCAUACAGAGGAUUCCAAAGAAAAGGCAGAACUGCAAGAAAUUGAAAAGAUACUGAAAGCUGCUGAGCCCACCAGUGAGGCAGACAACCCUUCACUGAGGAUACCCAAUUUGUUAAAGAAGACGGGAGUUCAGGUCUUUGUGGCAAAGUAUAGCUAUGACCCGGUGAAAUAUUCCCCUAAUGAGAAUCCCGAGGCUGAGCUGGCACUUAAUGCUGGAGAUUAUGUAUACGUUAGUGGUGGUGUGGAUGAAGAUGGUUUCUAUGAUGGAGAACUCAUGGAUGGACGCAGAGGACUUGUGCCUUCUAACUUUGUGGAGAAAGUCACUGAUGAUGAGCUGGAGGCCUUGCACACAGCCCUGAUGGCAGGGACCUCAGACCAGGACAGUAGUUUUGACAACAGUCUGCAGCAGGAGCUGGACUUCAACAGCAGUGAUGAGUCUGAGAAGAUAUCUAUGGAGACAGACUUGCCUGAAGACAUCCAUGCCUUGAGAAAUGUGUGUGACCUGCCAGACAGUGAUCUAGAAGACAUUGAGGAAGUUGAUGAGGAAAACUUGACACAGACAGACAAAUCUGAUCUCACUAACUUAAGUGGUGGUAGUGGUGAGAGACGCAUGGGCGUUCCUGCUCCUAGAAAGUUAACAUUAGAGAGACAGCUGAGUAACAGUAUAGUGGUGGGCUGGAGCCCCCCUGAUCACAUCAAGCACACAGAUAUCCAAGCAUACCAUGUCUAUGUAGAUGGACAUUUUAAAACCUCCAUCAAGGGCACUGAGAAGACCAAGGCUCUGGUAGAAGGAGUACAAGCAAAUAAGCCUCACCGCAUUUGUGUCCGCACAGUGAUGGCCCGAGGUCAGUCAAAGGACCAGGAGUGUACCAUUAUGAUAGGGAAAGAGAUGUAUGAUUACGAAGGGAAAGAUAGCACCAUCCUACAACUAAUAAAAAAUGUGGUAUUUGUACCCAGGUCUAUGGAGAAUGCAGCCCUUGCUCCAACAGAAUUGAAAGUCUCUGCCACCACUGCCACAUCUGCCAUUUUGUCCUGGUAUCCAGGCAACAGCAACUAUCAACAUGUGAUCUAUCUCAAUGACAAGGAAGUGAGAACAGUAAAACCUGGAGUCUACAAACAGACACUUACGGGGCUCACCCCCUCUACUCAAUACACAGCUAUGGUGCAAGCUAAGAGUAUAAAGAGUACGUACGAAGAUGAAAAAAAUAAGAAGAAACAGUCUUCCAUGUCAUCCAGUAUUACCUUCCAUACUCAAGCAGGAGGUAUCCCAGACCCACCCCUAGAUGUCCAAGUGGACAGUAAGCUCCAGUCAGGAUCACUAGUGGUCACUUGGCUCCCAGUGACCAUCAACCCCAGUGGGACAUCCAAUGGAGCUCUGGUGACAGGGUAUGCAGUCUUUGUGGAUGGUAAGAAGAUCAAGGAUAUUGAUGGGCCCACAGUUGACCAAGUGACCAUCAGUUCUGUUGAGCUGUCCACUGCUGGCCAGCAGCCUAAACUACUGACCAUGAGAACCAAGUCCCAUGCUCAAAUGUCCGGGGACUCAGUGGCAGUUAGCCUGCCCACUGGUCAGUUAGAAAAGCAAGUCAAAGUGGCCAGUGCCAAGACUAUUGCAGCAGAGGCUGCUCAGAAGGUGGCUGAGAAAAAGAAGGCAGAGGGUGGGAUGUAUGCUGGUGCCUCAGACUCAGAUGAAGGCAGCAGUGAUGACAUCAACAAAGAGCUGUACAAGCCAACCACCCUCACUGCCAUCAAGCCUACUCACAAGCCAGCUGUGCUCGAGGGUAGUGAUGAGGAUGCUGGGAAAACUGACAACAAGAAACCCAUUCCAACGGUGCUGUUUAGAGCCAUAGAAGACAGCAGUCAGUCUGAGCUGUCAGAUAUCACAGAGGAGGAAGAGGGAGCUUUUGAAGAGGCUGAUGAAGAGGAGGAGGCUUCUGAUAGUUUCUUAGACAUAGAAUUUCCAGGACUGGGUGACUCUCAGAAAGCUCCUCUGCCUGCUCCAUUAUUGGUAAAAGGGGCUACAUCAGACAAAGAGGACAGAAAGAAGCAUCAUGGUCAAAUGGUCAUUUCCCCAGGUCCUAAGCCCACAUUUGGGGUCAUUCACCUGACAGAUGACCAGCCACCCUUCCACACCAGUACCCCAAAACACAGCAGAGAUAGAGAUAGGCACACUAAAACUCCAGCAGAAACUACUGGCAGAAAAGACAAAGAAGUCCACAGUGAGUUUUCAACUUCUCCACUUGCUCAAGCUCUUGACAAAGAACAUAAAUCCGGACAGAAACACAGACACGGUUCACUGUCCAGAGAAUCUUCAAUUGAUCAGGAGGAAACAAAAGGAAGAGAGAGAUCUGGAUCUAAGUCAAAGAAAGAUAAAUCUGAUGGUGAGAUUACUCCAAGGACUACUAAAGAUAAAGAGAGAGAUCAGACAAAAGUUACCCCAAGGGGUAGCAGACAUGGCGAGCAGAGGGAACAUAAGGGGGAACAUAAAGAUAAACAUUUAAGAGAAAAGGGAGUGUCUAAAGAUAAGAGUGAUCAGUCACCUAAAAAGAAGGAGGGGCAUAAAACUAAAGAAAAGGAGGAACACACGCCUAGAGAGAAAGGAGAAAAGUGUAAAGGACACAAAGCCAUUUGCCAAAGACAAGAAAGUCCUAUACACAAACACAAAGAAGGCCAUUCACCCAGGAAAAAGGAGGGCCUUAAAGAGAAAAAAGAACACCAUGUCCCUAGUGAGGGUGGUGAACAUAAACAUGUGGACAAAAAGGAUCAUGAUACAUCUACAGGAAAAGACAAACAUCAUAGGUCUGAUCAUACACAUCGGGAUGUAACUGGACGUACAUUGCAAGAAAAGAGAUCUACCAGUGCCGACGCCCAACCAGCUAAGGAAGACAGUCUAGGCGUGGGUGAUAUUGGUGUUAGUAUUAGUCCCGGGGAGGUGAGGGGGAGUUCUAGGUCUACAGAUGGUUCCUUCAGCAGGACUCCACAUCAGUUCUCAGUGCCAUCUAUUGAAAUUACCAAGGACAGCGGCUCAUCAGAAGAGGAGGGAAAUUACAGUGACGAUGAAUUUGAAAGUUACAGCAGUGACAAUGUCAGCUCUGGUCACUCUCCUCGCUAUGGAUACAGUCCCAGCAUCCAGGGGAAAGCCCAACCCAAAGGAACACAGCAUCAGCACAAACCUGGCUCUGACACUAAAUAUGGACCUGGUAUGGACAAACGGGAUGGGUACAGGGAGAGAAAAGAAGAGCCAAUUAAUACUCAAUCUUUAGACCAAGAGUUGGCCAGCAGUUUGAAACGAGCCAAAGAAAAAGAGAAACCCACCAGUGGCACUGGGGUCCACAAGGGUGAAGAAAGGACAGGCAUGGACUCAUCAAAGGAGAAAAGAAAAAGUUCUGCGUCUGAGAAUUUGUCCAGGAGUUCUAUCAGGGAUGAUAUCCCAGAGUCUGAGUUGAUUGACUACGAGGAUGAUGGAGAGGGUGAGUCCUUGGAGGAGAAUGCUGAAGAGAUGAUACCAGAGGGACCUGUACGGUUGUUCAUUGCCUUGUUUGACUAUGACCCUGAGGUGAUGUCUCCUAACCCUGGAGCUGCUGCUGAGGAACUGCCUUUCAAAGAGGGACAGCUUAUCAAGGUAUAUGGAGAAGCGGAUGAAGAUGGUUUCUUCCAUGGUGAAUCAGGUGGGCGUUUUGGCUACGUGCCAGGCAACAUGGUGUCUGAGAUUUCAUUGGAGGAUCAAGAUGUGGCAGAUGGUCUGCUGGAACAGAGCAUGAGCCACAAACAAGACAGCAAUCAACUGCCUGGUGGAAGAGAGCAAGCAUAUGAUGUGACCCCAGAUGAAAAACAUGAUUCCAAUGGAUACCUCAUCUUUCCAAAGCAAGGCCCUGCCAGAAAAAUGAUAGCUCUCUAUGACUAUGAUCCUGAGGAACUUUCCCCCAAUGUAGAUGCAGAUGAGGUCGAGUUAGCAUUCUCAGCUGGACAGAUAAUCCUGGUGUAUGGUGAAAUGGAUGAAGAUGGCUUUUUUCUCGGUGAAUUAAAUGGUCGUCAGGGCUUGGUACCUUCCAAUUUCUUAGAGGAUCUCAGAGAAGAUGAGGGGGAGGAAAUUGGUACUCCUGUAGUCCAAAAUUCCGGCAGUGCAUUGGAGGAUGGAACUCCAAAGAAAGAUAAGAAGGAGAAAUCGGGUUCACCCCAGAAAGAUGGCAAGAAAGACAAGGAUGUGAGCAGUCCCAUUGCAACAGGAGAUGAGAGCAAGGAGAAAAAGAAGAAAGGAUUUUUUUCUAAAGGAAAAAGCAUUUUUAAGAAAUUGAAAAGAUAAUUCCAUUUUAAAUGAAGAGCAAUUUAAUACAAUCAAGACAUGAAUGUGAAAUUUCCUUAAAGAAAGUAUUUUUUGCCUCCAAAAAGAGAAGGCAAUUUUGAAUAACUGAAACCACUGCAGUGCUUCUCCCCUUUAUUUUUUGAUGUGUAGAAAAAAACACAGAUAUGUGAAAUAUUUUGUUCAUCCUGGCAGACAGAGAAAUGCCUUAGUCAUACAUUGUAGAGCUUGAUUGAUGAUAUAAAAAAGAAAAUAUCAGUAUUGAAUUAAUUGCAAUGCUUAUAAAACUUGUGACAAGAAGGGACUCAUUUAAUAGGCAAAUUUUUGUUGGUAAUUACAGGGUUUUUGGGCAGUGGCAUUUAUUUUCUUCAACAGCAUGCUGUUAGAUUGAGAAGAUUUAUUGAUGUCUGUGUAUUCUGCAAUCCAAGCUUAUAUUUUUAUUUGUUACAGUAGCUACAGUAUCAGAAUUUUUUUCUUUUUUUUUAACAUUACAAAAGCACAUAUCUGAACUGUUUAAAGCUGUGAAAUACUCUUCUUGUUCAUUGUCUUUUCUAAUUUUUGCCAUUUGCCAAUCUCCUACAUACUUCUAGUUUUAUUUAUAUAGAUACAGUAUAGGUUCAAAUAUUUAUUGACUGGGACUGCCUCAGUGGCACUAUAUUUCUACAUGGUUCAUGUUACAAGUUUAUGAGGGCUAUCAGCUGCCUUUUUUAAAUAUAUAGGGAUGGUGAUAGUAAUUUUCAGUGUUAAACACAAUUCAAGUCAUAUAAUAUGGUAUUAAACAGCAAACUUCGAGAUGAAAAUCUGAUAUUAUCAAGUCCACUCACUUGGUUGUCAAAUGUAUACAAUUAAAAUGUCAAUAUAUAAUCCACAAAAGCACUAAAUACUGUGCAGAAGUUAACUGUUGGGUGAAAUUUGAUAAUGAUAAUGAUUAAGAACUGCAAAAGUGGAUGUCUUCCAGUUUAUUAUGAAUAUUCAAGCUGUUUGUAUAAUUAUGAAAUAAGGUGAUAAUUUUUCUGUUCAGUGCAUUUUGAUGCAAAAUGAUGGACACUAGGCUUUAUUUUGUUGCCAGUAUGUUUUUUUUUUUCUUUUGGUUAAACAGUCCAAUUAAAAUAUGUAUUUAUAUGUUAGUUUUUUUUU